UUUUUAUUUUCUCUUGCAGGUAGUUUAUAGAUGCUGGGAAAGAAAUGACGUUAAAGGGGCCAUUACUGCAAUGGAGAAAAUGGCUGAUAAUGCUGUAGUUGCAGAUGUAAUGUGUAUUGUGAAGGAGAAAAUUGAUGUUGUCACAUUAGAUAUUUGCACUUGUCUUCUUCCCCUUCUGACAACCCUUCUUGCGAGUAACAUGGACAGGCUUUUCAUGUGCAGCCAUUUGAAUAUCUCUCUGGAUGUGUUGCUUAAGCUAGUAAGAAUAUUUGGUUCUCUAAUUUAUUCAACAAAAUCAGCAUCAACAUCCGUUGGGGUAGACAUUGAGGCAGAGCAAAGAUUGGAACGGUGCAAUCUCUGCUUUGUAGAGCUUGAAAAAUUAAAAAAUUGUCUGCCUGCUCUGACCAGAAGAGGAGGGUCAGUUUCAAAAUCUGCACAUGAACUGAAUCUAGCACUACAGGAAGUCUCAUGACUAACCCACCAAUUAUAUUCUGGGUUGACAUGGAUGGGAGUAUGUUGCUAUAUAAAGUCGCAUAUCAGUACGUAAGGACUAGACUAAAGCUAUCAAUAAUCAGUAUGAUGGCUUGACUUGCCUUGGCCUUCUAUGUACAUUCAUACUAAGUGGAGGCAUUAACUAGCUGACUCUACUAAGUUAACUGCAAUGUAAAGAAAGGCUCAUUGGCAUCACACUUUAGCUGCUACUGGUUGCUGCACACAGUUCUGGCAUUUGUAAUUGCUGAAGAGAACUUGGCAACUCCACCUUCUGCUAACUCUCCAUAUACUUCUCCAAGUGGUAGCAUUUGGCAUGUACUGAUUUAACUCUUGUUUCCUUUUCGGGUGUUACAUAUACGAAUUUGCCACAAUGAUGGAACUGAGGCCUGUAAUAUGUAUUUUUUCUUUUUUUGUUUUUCUUUCUUGGGUGGGAGAAGGGAUGGGAGGGAUUUGAAAUAGUGCAAGUUGAGCUGCUUUUUCCUUACGUAUAUUCUAUUCGAUAUGAUAUAUAUAUAUAUAUAUAUAUAUAGAUAUUACGGUACCAGAGAGGUACUGUUGACUCCUUACAUGGCAGAGUUUUCGACCCUCUUGCUGAAGGCACAAGUGUUCUGACAAUUCAAUAUUUUUUUCUUGAGGUUCGAGGAAGAUUUGUUAAUUGUGUAUUUUAUAAGUAUAGGACCGUUGCUGAAGGCACAAGUGCAAUGACAUUCCAAUGUUCUUACGA